AUGAACAAAAAUCAUACAGGAAUUAAUGGUUCACGCACUAACAUUAGUGAUGACGAAUCAUUUCGUGGCGAUGUUCAUCCUUCUCAAUCCUCUAUCUUAAUAAAACUACCAUUUCCUCCAAUCGUAAAUCUGUUCGAUCUAGUUAGUAAAAAAUCGCCGGAUGGGAGAAUUCCAGCAAGAUCACCGAAUGCAUUCAUCAUUUACCGAAAGGUAUACGUCGAAACUGCCAGGAAAAGUGGAUAUUUUCUUCCCAUGACCAAUAUCUCUUCGAUGGCAUCUCAAUCUUGGGCCGAUGAGAGCGAAGUGGUAAGGGCAGAAUACCAAAAAAUAGCAAAAGAUGCAUUGAAGGUUCGAAAUGAAGUGUAUCCAAAAUCUAGUAAACGGAAACGUAAAGAUAAGUGGAACCUCGUAAGCUUCGAAACACCGCCUCCAACUGCUAGAACUAUUGACAGACAAAAGAAACCCAACAAGAAGACUCCAAGCCAAGCUGUCAAGGCUCCUACUAAAGCUUUGCCACUCAGCGCCUCUGCUCCAUCCAUUGGCCCACCAUCUUUUGAAAUGACCGAUUCUAAUCCUACAUCUUAUGAAUCGCUUAUUGUUAACACAAAUAUUGCAAAUGAUCAAAAUCGAAAUCCUGAUGUAAUUAAUGAUCCCAAAAUUGAUAAUAAUAUUUCGAUUUCAACUUUUAUGCAAAAUGAUAUUACAUCUUUUCAAGAAAUUAUUCGACAUUUAAAUCGAACCGAGUCUUCGGAUCCUUUGAAUAGAGACUUGAAUAACGAACCAAGUUUCAAAUAUGAUAACAGUGCACGCAAUGCACAAGCACACGUAAAUUCAUUUACAACACUUUACAUACCCCCGAACAUUUUGAACGUGAAUAGUAACAGCCCUACCUCGAGCUAUGCUUCUGCAAAUAAUAAUAUUCUAAAUGGAAAUAAUAUGAUAACACCCUCGAGUUCUCCCGACAUCUCGUUCUCGGGAGAUAAUAUGAUUCAUUAUUAUACUCCACCCAUUCAUAGUGUAGAUUUUACGGGAUUGGAUUCUGCCGAAUAUUCCUUGGCUAAAGAUUAG